GCUCCAUCCUGUGACUAUCUCCUCUCCAGUGUAACAUCUUUAAUAUGAUCAAUACAUCCAUUUAUAGGAUCGACUCGACAUCACCUGCGUUUUCUCCUUCAUCCUCUCCAGAGCUGAGUGAGGAGGGCAGAUUUAAUUGAGUCGACACAUGCUGAAAAGUUUUUUUUUUUUGUUUUUUUUUUUGCGAACUAAUCUUCCAGAGCAGAGGAGACAUCUUUAUCGGGUUAUUUCUGCUGAAAUCUGCCAGUGGAUGAACUUCUGAGAGCGCAGUGAACGGAAUAAAAGGAUUUGGAGAAAAUGAAAAGGUGUUGCGGAGUCCAUCAACCCCAGCUCUUCUUGCUAUUGGCUGCUGUCAUGGCAACGGCCCUGGAUUCCUCACACACGCUGGCCAGUGAGAGGAGUUCGAUAGAAAGCACAUACGAGCUGACCAAAUACCUGGAGUAUCAGCUCAAGGAAAUCAAAGACAUAUAUCUGACCUAUCUGGGUCCUCCAUUCAACGAGAAAGACUUCUCCCCUCCACGACCCAACAGUACGGCUCUGUCCCUGCCCAGUGCCGCCACCCGCCUGGAGCUGUGGCACAGCCUGGAGAAUCAAGCUCGGCUUGCCCAGAACCAGAAGGCCUACUCUGUCCUGCUGGCAGCCGUCAGAGAGUUGGCCCGCUCCACCCUCUGCCCCUCCCUCAAGAUCUCCCUGCUGCACUUUUGCACAGGCCUGGAUGGGCUGCUGGGCUCCAUAUCUGCACUGAUGACCACACUCGGUUCUGCACUUCCUCCUCCAUCUACAGACAUUGGAAGUAAUGCUGGAGAGCUGCAGUACCCCCAAAGGGGGGCAGGGGGCGAUAGACCAGCUCCACUGAUGAGCCAGAGCCUUUACAGGUCCAGAGCCGGGACAAGGACCGAAUCCGGUCAACGUAACAAUCAAAGAAGAAGCGGGACGAGGGUGGUCACAGGGGAGAGGGAGGACGGCGUCACCGUAGACCUGGUGGAAAAAAGGAGAGGAAAAGAGGGGAGGAGAGCAGAGGCGACCGCAGCUGGAGGAAGGAGUGGUGGAUCAAGGGAGAAGGGAAGAGGAGAAAGAGGGAGGAGAGGGAGGAGGGAAGAGCCAGAGAGCGGGAAAUGGACUGCCGGCAAAGACGAGAGUAGAGUAGGAGAGGAAGAAGAGGAGGCGCUGGAGCGAGACGGAGGGGUGGAGAGAUGGGGGAGGAGGAGAAGGUUGUUGAGCAUCAAUGAGGAUGGAGAGGAGAAGGAGAUGGAACCUGAAUCCAGGGUGGAAGUGUCGUAUCCGGGCACAAAAGGCUCCACCUCCCUUCAACAACCGACUCUCCAAACCAACAACAACAACCACUACAGCUACAACCUGAACUCACGUCACCCCGAUACACUCAGAAAGGAAGAUGGGUUUAUUGUAGAAACAGGCAGGGGGUUAACGGUGGAGGAGGAGAAGCAAACAGACAUGGAAGCUACUUCCUCUUCCUCCACUUUCCAUCAUCGUCGGCCUCCUCGCUCCCUCCUCUCCCCUACCCUCCAACCUCCUCUGUCCACCCUCUCCCUCCUCUACCAGUUCGGUGCAGGUGAGGAGCACACCCUCCUCCCACAGCCUGUCCCUCUGUCUUUACAAAGGGGCACCUCGCUCCUUUCGCCUCCUCUGACUCCGCUCCUGUCCUCCACCUCCUCGUCGUCCUCCUCACUGCUGUCGGUGCGGCCGACGAUGAACGACUUCGCCAGGAAGGUGGAGGGAUUUUGGAUAUUGCGAGAGCUGCAGAGUUGGUUGUGGCGAUCGGCGAAGGACUUUAACCGCCUCAAGAAGAGACUGAGAGGCUGAGAGACUGAGACGGGAAACACACCAGUGCAGUAUAUCGUAAAUCUAUUACUUGCACAAAGACUGAGUGGAAACAAACUGAGAGCUUUAACAGACAAAAGCACAUAAACACAUUCAUGCUUAACAUAUUCAUUCAUACAGUACUGGAAUAAGUGAAUGAAGGACUUUUUGGCAGGUCACCAGAAGUGCUAAUGGAAUAUAACACACACAAAGCCAACACAUUACCAGCACUGUCACCCGACUAAUGCACAUAGCAGCUCAUUCAGCGAGACACACUGAGACUGGGCCUAGUUACCGGACUUCACGGCUCAUAGAUCAACAGAAAUACCACUGUAGGUGGUUAGAAACACACACACACACACACACAUACGCACACACAUAGUGGCAGACUGAGUGACAGGCAGAGAGACAAACAGACAGUGCAGCCAUUGAGAAAGAAAGCUGAUUCAGUGACCCCAGAUGUGUGAAUCAGCAAACGUUCAUUUUCUCUAAAGGAAGAAGGGAAACUGUCUGAAUGGGUGUAAGACAAAGGGAGGAAAUGACCAGAGGGAUGAAGAGGAGGAGAGGAAGAGGCAGAAAGAGGAAGACGGGAGGGGGCGUGAGUCAGGGGAUGAGCACUGGAAAUAACGGGCAGAGGGGUACUGCUGAGUAAUCAGAAGUCGGUUACAGUAACUCUACAACGGCACUACACAUACUGUCCAGACACGCACACACACACACACACACACACACACACACACACUUAUUGGUGAUAUUUGGUGCCUUAACAAACCUUUCUUUUCUAUUCUCCUUUUGAUUCAGUGCUCAUUCAUUUGUACAACUUUUUAAUGAUUUCAUUCCAUAGCAAAUAAAUAUUUAACAUAAUCUUUAAAUGUUUUAUAGUAGUAAUAGUAGUCCAAACAUUUGGGGAAAUAUACUAAUUUGCUUUCUUGCUGAGAGUAAGAU